CGACAGUCACAAAGAAAAAGCGGCCAAGAUUCAUCAUGGGUGGCUUUCGCCUUCACAUGUUGGCUAUGGCUGUGAUGAUUGCCGGGGCUGUGUUGAGUGAUGCUGCAAAAGAGGCCAGCCGCGGUGAUGCCCAAGGUAUCCACCCCCACCUUCGCAAAGGUAUCACCAACUGGCUCAUGAUCGAGAAAAAACACCUCCAACCGGGAAUGUCAUUUACUUCCGGUCCGUUCGAAUACAAGGAGGGCAAUGCCACCUUUCAGUAUAUCCUCCGCACGGUCAAGGCCAAGUACUGGCCGGCUGGCGCGAACUACUCGGGCCAGGAGGCACUCUGGCUCGAUUCACCUUUUUCUGGUGUCACGGGCAUAACACCCCUACUGGAAGCAGAACUUACACCCAAGGGAGACGACAGCACGCGGCAGCAUAUGGGCGCCCUCGUUCUCAAAAUACCCACGGCCGCAUAG